AAACAGAAUAAAAACUAGCUUUUACAUGAAAGCUAUGCGUUUGCGUAAAAGCAGUACCAUCACCCAAACCAGAUUUGCACACAACACAAACACAAUUGCACCACAAGCACGAGCACUUGCACCACCCCACCCCCAAUUAUUCUCUUUCCCGUCUCUCUCUAUAAUCACAUUAAAAUACCCACUAAUCAAUUUCCCCCCUCUUUCUUUUCUUUUCUUUUCUUUUCUUUUUCCUCCCUGAUUUUGUCUUCUUAUUGCUGUUAAUCCCCUUUCUUGUUUCAUUUUUGGGUACUUAAGUUAUAUACUCCAUAUCUCAAGCUUGUAAUUGGCAUUUCACUAAUCUAAUUGAUUAAGUUUACCUUCAAUCUUGUUGUACAUAAAUUACCCACAAUUUAUUUUUUGAGGUUUGUUUUAUUUCACCUCAUCUUCCCUCUUUUUUCCCGAUUCUCAUUUAUUUUAAAAAUGGGUAAAGAUGAGAACUUUCUAGGAAGAAGUUUAUAGAGUUUUCUUUUUGAUGGAUUUUGUACUAAUCAAGUUGAUUUUGAAAUGCCAGGAUCUGUUCUUGUGUGUAGGUGAAUUUUGAGAAGAAUUUUGAUAGGUAGCAUAGCAAAUUUUAUCUAUCUAUUUUUUUUUGCUAAAUAAAGAUUCCAUCUUGAUUUUUGAUGUAUGUGGAUGAUGCCUUUUUACAAGUUUUGAUCUUUUUGAUGGUCUUGAUGAAGUAGUUUAUUCAAGAUUUUUGUAAUUGCUUCAAGGAAUCUAGGGAUUUUCUGUUUCUUUUUUUUGGGGGGUUUUCUUAUGUUGAAUAGGGAAAUCAAUUUUUUUGUUGACCAACAAAAUAAGGGAUUUCUGUUGCCUUUGUUUUUGGGUUUUCUUUGAUUUUGGUUGUUGCUUCAUUUUCAUACUUGAUGUAAGUUAUACUAUGUUAAUAAAUUAGGGGAUUAAAUGGGGUUUUUCAAAUGUUUUUACAUCUGUUUGUCUUAUGUGUUGAGUUCAUGCAUUUGUGUUUGUUUUUCCUGUUAAAUGUUGAUAGUUCAUCUGUUCAUUUAUUAUUUAAUUCUGAUUCAAGAAGUGGCUCUUUUCAAUUUUUACCUUCCAUUGGUGCUUAAUAUUUUACAACAUUAAAUUUUAAGUUUGUGGUAUAAUUGGGUAAGGUUGGAGGAUUUGUAGGAGGCUAGGUUGUACAGAGUUAGAUACGGUGAUGAAAUUGGUUAUGUGAACAUGGACAUUAUGAGACGGAUCUAUAAAUCAUAAGCUAUGUUACUUGGACUUGAGUAUUGAUGCUGGAUAUUGGUACGUGUCCAAAUGUUGGAUACGUCUAAAUAUUCAAUUUUAUGUCUGAAAUGAAGUGUCUAAGUGUCAUACUAAUGUCUGAGUAUUAAGGAUAUGUGAAGUAAAAUGAGAGUUCGAGUAACAUAGACAUAAGAGUGAGUGUGGAUUGUGGAACACAAUCAAAUGAAGUAACCCCCCGAUUUGGGGGCAUAUUGGGUGCUAGGAUAGCUAUCAAGCGAAUCAUCGUACAUGGUGGAAAUCUACAAUACCAUCUGGUUGGUAUUGGAGUUUAAUUUUCUGGUUGGUGGUGCUUAUGUGUAGGGGUUUUGGCUGCUAUAGAAUUUCAGUGUUUUACUUAGUUUUACUUAAAAGCGUCUAAGCUAGUUUUAUAACACCUUAUUGAUGUAAGUUUUCAUUUCAUUGAUGUUUGCUGCUGAUUCGAUGUUGAGUUAUCUAAAAUUACCUGAUGACACUGGUUUCUUUUCCCAUUUUCUAUUCGAUGUGGAUGGUGGAUUUUUGAGGUUUUCGGAGGAUUAUGAAUGGGUUUUUAUUCUUGAAUGGAUUUUUGAGUUAUGUAAAAUUGCCGCUGUAAAUUGUUAAGUUGAUUUAGAUUUAUCAUCAAUGUAAGCUUACAAUCAGGGUGCACACACUCCGAGGGGCUCCAAAAAUCCAUAAAGUGUGCACAUUAUCUUCAAUUUUGUGGGAUAAACCAUCGCAAUAUAAACAUUUUGUGUUAAAGGUUGAAGAGCAGAAUAAAUCAUUAUACAACAUAGAUUUUGAAAAUAACUUAUUGGAUUUGAUCACUUGAUGGUAUUUUGGAAGCUUAUUUCAAAAAUGAUGAUAAUACUAAUCUUGGUUUUUUUGCUGAUAAGAGCGUUGAUAUAAUGAUAUUCAAAAUUUUCAGGGGUGACUUAUCUGAACCAUCGUGUAACGAAGAAGUUUGUAAAGUGCGCUGAAGUUUCUUUCUUUAUAUAAUCAAAAUGUUUGGCGGUAACAACAAUCAUGCACUUCCUAUGUUUUUAGAUGAUAAUCAGUUUCAGCUUAAUACUAAUGCACCAAACCAACAACUUCAGCUUUUUGGUAACUUACCUAUGGGAUGUACAGUUGAACACCCUGUAAAUUAUUUUGGAAAUGAGCACAAUUCAUCUAUUCUUCGGCCUAACAAACGUAGUAGAGAGGCUGAAGAUCUUUCGAGGCAACAAAAACUCCAGAUUUCUUUGAAUUAUAAUGAAGUUGAUCGUUCAGCAAGCAUUCCCAACCACAAUCCCGUAUCCACAGGGCUUAGGCUCUCAUAUGACGACGAUGAACACAACUCAUCCGUCACAUCUGCUAGCGGAAGUAUGACAGUGACUCCCUCCAUCCUCAUGUCGCUUGGCGACAAUAUCAGGAGUGAGCUUGAACGGCAGAAAGAAGAAUUUGAUCAGUAUAUCAAAAUACAGCAAGAGCAGUUGGCAAAGGGUGUUCGAGACAUGAAGCAAAGACACAUGGUUUCAUUCAUAAACACCAUAGAAGAUGGCAUUAGUAAGAAACUUCGAGAAAAGGAUACGGAGUUGGAAAUUAUUAACCGCAAGAACAGGGAACUUAUGGAACGAGUAAAGCAGGUGUCCACAGAAGCACAAAACUGGCAUUACCGAGCAAAGUACAGCGAGUCCGUGGUUAAUAUCCUUAAAAACAACCUUCAGAACGCGAUUUCUCAAGGAGCGGAUCAAGGUAAGGAAGGAUUUGGUGAUAGUGAGGUUGAUGAUGCAACUUCUUACAUCGAUCCAAUAAAUUACCUCACGGUAGGAGGAGGUCGAGGGAAAUCUUUUGCGGGUCCCAGCUCAGAGCAUUUGACCUGCAGAGCAUGCCAGUCUCGCGAGGUGUCGAUUUUGCUGAUGCCAUGUAGGCACCUUUGUGUGUGUAAGGAAUGUGACGGGUUCAUUAAUGUCUGUCCGGUCUGCAAUAUCCCGAAAAGUUCUAGUGUGGAAGUGUACUUGUCUUGACAUCGUGCGAUGAUAUUAUGGAGAUUUUCCGUAUGUAGUUUUGAAAUGUAUACUAGAUAAGAUACCAAUUGUUGGUGGAAAUGAGAUUUGUCGCUCAAUCAUCUGCAUUUGAGACUGGGUUGUUGAUGAAUGCAAAACAGACCUGAAAAAUGUGCACAUAAAACUGCUUGUUUAACCCACUGGAAGGGAAGGUAAGGGACUAAGGCAUUUAACAAUUAUUUGUGGUUUGUGCAUUUUUACUCUGUUGUUUAAGGCAUUUUCUUUUGUAGGUUAUGCUGUUUUGCAGUUACUACAGUUAAAGCGUGCAUUUUAUGACCUUAACUUUUCUUGGAUGGUGUCCGUUCUCAAGAGCUAAAGGUUUUUAGUUCUUUAGUUCGAGGUUACAAUGAAAGAACAACCCGUACCGUUGUACGAUGAGACGGCGUCAAAACAAGAAUCUCAUAAGCUAAAUGUUUUUAUUAUUGGGCUAUUUAACCUAAGUAUGAACAUGUCUCACGGUGAGACUAUAUCAUACAAAAAUUUGUGAUGAAAAAAAUCAUAAAACUGCGUACAAUAUCUCUUAGGGCCGGAUGUUAGUAAUCUUAGCCUUGUAGUAAUAAAGAGUUUAUUUUCGAUCAA